AUGGGAGCGCCAGAAGCUCCUGGCCCGAGCAAUGUGGCCAUACAUCAUGACCCGGAACAGGCCAGGAUAAACCAAGAGACUAUCGAUUUGGAGAGAUUGGGAAGAGAGCGUCCCAAGUGCUUCGCUGGCCCUUGGUCAGAAAUUUCGUUCUGUCUUUCGAUUUUCAUGUCCCAAAUUCUUGCAGAAUACUACAUCUCAGGCUCAAAUGUCCUCCUUCCAACGCUCAUCAAAGAGCUUGACCUUCCCGAAGCCUCGGCCAUAUGGCCGUCUACCGCAUUAUCGCUGGUAGUCACCUCGACGCUCCUUAUCUUCGGCAGAUUAACUGACAUGUUUGGCGGAUAUCUCAUUUACAGCGGUGGGGCUAUUUGGCUCACGAUAUCGUCCAUCCUAUGUGGUGUCUCCCAGACAUGGCUGAUGUUGAUUAUUUGUCGAGCGUUGCAGGGCUUUGCUCUGGCUGCUUUUCUUCCUUCGGGAAUUAUGGUUCUUGGCAGCACCUACAGACCGGGACCCAGAAAGAACAUCGUCUUCAGUAUUUAUGGCGCAUGUGCAGCGCUAGGAUUUUUCGUGGGAAUUUUCUUCUCCGGGCUAUCUGGUGAAUAUCUCACCUGGAGAUGGUACUUCUUCUUCGGGGCGAUUCUCUCUGCCAUCACAUCAGCUCUGUCACUCUUCUCCAUUCCGCGUGAUUAUUCCGAGAUAAGAAAACUGGGCAUCCAGAUGGAUUGGCCUGGUGCGUGUCUUUCCGUCCCAGCAGCUGUGCUCAUUGUUUUUGCCAUUGCGGACAGUUCCUAUGCACCGCAGGGAUGGAAAACGCCAUAUAUCCCCCUGUUCCUCGUUCUUGGGCUCAUUCUCCUCGGAAUCAUGGUGUAUAUGGAAGGAUGGGUUGUGAAGAACCCUCUGCUUCCUGGUGACGUUUUCCGAGUCAAGUAUAUGCUGCCUCUGGUCAUCGCUUUGCUAUUCCUUUAUGGCACAUUAGGCAUAUUUUUACUAUAUGCCGUUCUUUACAUGUCUGAUAUAAUGGGUGCUUCCCCAAUGCAAAUCGUGGCAUGGGCUGUGCCUAUGGGAGCUGGCGGUCUUAUUCUCUCAGUCGGAGGAGGAAUGAUCUUCCACAGAGUCCCAGGAACGAUAUUGAUGUUAAUAUCAUGUCUCGGCUACGUGGGUUCUGGACUGUUUUUCGCCGUCAUCCCUAUUGGCGGAAAUUACUGGGCUUUCGUAUUCCCCGCGAUGAUAUGCGGCACAGUCGGCAUUGACAUCAGCUUCAAUCUGGCCAAUGUCUUCAUUACGACAAACCUUCCAAAAUCAAGGCAAGGAUUAGCUGGUGCAUUGAUCAACUGCACUUUGCACAUGGGAAUCGCCGUGAUGCUUGGUUUCGCAGACAUUGUUCAUACCCAGACUUCCGAGUUGGGUACCGUCGACAGCUUCAAGGCUGUGUUUUGGUACCAAACCGGACUAGCAAUCCUAGGUAUGCUUAUUGUUGCCUUUUUCGUGCGAAUCCGAGAAGCCAAGAGUGAGUUUACGCUUGAUGAAAGAGAAGCAAUGGCAGCAGAGGGCAGUGGAAGAGCUGUCGAGGCCUGA